AUGAUGUUAAAAAAGGAGUUGAAUGAUUUAUGGGGAAUUGCUUCUUCUUGGCAACUUAUUCCCCUUGGAAAAGGCUACUACACUUUGGUUUUUCAAAGUGAGGCGGACAAAACCUGUGCCAAGGUUAAAAACACUUGGGAACUUCUUAAUGGUCAUCUUCGACUCAGGGAAUGGUCAAGGAAUUUCGAUCCCUUCAAGGAGCAUUCUUCGUUGGCUAAUGUGUGGGUGAGAAUACACUAUUUGCCGAUAGAAUAUUGGCACGCGGAAGUGCUGGCUGGAGUUGCGAGAUAUAUUGGGCAUCCCAUUAGAAUCGAUGCAGCUUCAGUGAAGAAGGAUUUUGGACAGUUUGCGAGGGUCUUGGUCGAGUUAGAUAUGUCUAAACCUCUUCCUACUACUCUUCUUUUUGAUGAAGGAGAUUUCGCUUUUUAUAUUGAGUUCACUUAUGAAAAGCUCCCACUUUACUGCAACAGGUGCAAAAUAACAGGACACUCUCCUGAUAGAUGUUUCAAAGCUAUUCAAAAGGAAACUGACGAGACAACUACUCACGUCAAGAUUGCCACGCAACAGCCAAGGGGAAAACAAUGGAAAGAAAUUGAGCAUAUUCAGACUACGAACAACGAACAUGAAGCCGCCUUCCAUGAGCAUAGAAAUCAACCUGUCGGCGAUCAACAGAUUCAGCAACAUUCGGUUAAAGAUAAGCAGUGCUCGGGGACUACGAUUGGAAACACUUUUGCUGUGUUGGAAAACCUGAGAGGUGAAGAAACUGGGUUACAAAUCUUGGAGGCUGAGCAGAUAACUGAUAAAUCCGCGCGCGUACAGCAGCAAGGUUCCGGUGAGGACAAUGAACCAAAAUCUACAACUCAGAAGGUUGCGCAGCCUUCGCAUCGAGGCUCUUCGCCUCAUCUGUUGGAGCAGGAGGAAAAUGCUAAGAACAGAAUCAGUGGUGAGAAUGUUAGAUUUCAGUUGAGGAAUAAUGAGGAUAUCAGAGGGCCGGAUAUGUUGGACGCUAUCACCAACAAUGUGGAGACAUCGGUGUACGAUAGGCCGCUUGAAGUUUAUGUUUCUGAAAGUUCAGAAGAGGAGGAAACAAUUGAAGCGGAUGUUAUAAGUGAGGAAAUUCAUUCCCGACAGCAACCAACUGAUGCGGUUGCUUUUGAGAAUGCUAUGAAGGCUCAGAGAUUGGAACAAAUUCUGGCAUUGGCUAAGGAGCCAAUUACUUCGGGUAUGGCAGCUAAGCGGCGCGGUAGGCCUUCAAAAAAACAGCUCGCAGAUCGUGCAGCGGAACAAAUCUCAAAACAGGCAGAGGAGAGUAUUAAACAUCGUCUUCGUAAAGCUGGAGAUGCUGGCAAUAAUCCGGAAGCUUUUGUUAUUGACAAUAGCAAGAAAGACUGUAUUCAGGCGAUGGAGAAUGUCGCCCGUGAAAGCUGGUCGGCUGAGGUGGAAAGAUGCGGAGGCUCCUCCGCCCAUUUCAAUCAAUCUUCAUGA